CUUGGAGCAGAAUAUUUUUAACCCGGAAGUAUUAAGUUUGCAAGUAUAUAAUUUAUUAGUUAUUCGAAAAUUAAAUCGCGCCAGCUGUAAAAAGGAACAUAGACAAGACAGAGUAAACGAGGUCGACACACGAUGUAUCAAAAAGGUAGAAACAAACAACAAAAUUAUUAAAAUUAGAAUUGUCAUACAAAAAGGAAAAAUGGAAAGCCAUUUGACAAAGCUAGCAAACUGAAAUUCAUCGUUACAAUAUGUCACAUUCGAGGAAUGUUAACAAAUUAACCGACAAAAGUAUAUUAGACGUAGAACCAACCAACGAAUAUGUGAACAAAGUAACAGUUUCAAAGAAACCAUCUCUAUCUGAAGAAGGGACAUCGGGCCUAUGCGUAGGCCAGAAGUCAUUUAUCAGCAUCCACUCAACCGACCAGCUUUGCCAAGUGACAGAUACAGAAAACCCCGCAAAUCUAGACGAAUGUAACGUGGAAGUACUUAGCCUGAACCAAGUGUUUCCCUCCACAUCAGACGAAAGCAUUUCCAAUGACGAUGAACCUGCUGUACGAAAGAAGAAACAAGCCAAGAAAACGCAAAAAGCACAGCAGGAGACGUCUAAGUCUUCCUACGUUCCAACAAACAGUAAGUCUUCUACGAGUCCUGGAUGGCAGAAGGAUUGUACGGAAGUGCCAGGAUCUGUACACUCUGAUUUCGAUUUGCCAAAAAACACGAUGCACGUAAUAGGCAGUAAUCCAGGAGAGCCGAAGAUGUCUUACAAAGAUUCACCUAAGAAAAUGACGAAAACGAUGAAGAAAUUUCUCCGUAAUAUAGAUAAGCAGAAAAACGAUCAAAGCAAAAACGGCGAGAAGGCUAUCAGCAAGCUCACAACAAUGCGCGGUAUACUAAAAGACGGCGGAUGCGGUCCUGAAUGUACGGGAGACUCGUCCGCUCAGGACGGUGAAGAUUUUAAUACAGACGACACAUUACCGACUUACGAAUACGGAGCACAAGCGAACUAUGCAAAACAGAUACCGGACAAAAACGUUUCAUUUAACACGGAAGUUUUGAUAAUCCAUUUCACCGGCGACCUCUGCGUGGGGCAAAGCAUCGAAACCUUGAGCAAAGAGAAAGAUCAACAAGCUAGAAACUCGGAGCUAAGGAAAACUUUUCUAACCAAAUACAACGAACUCUGGCCCUCGGAAAAGUAA